AUGGCCCAAGUCACCUCGCGCCGCGCCUUUCGCCGAACCGACAACCACGCCCCCUCGGCGCCCAAGGUGAAGCUCGUCACCGAGGCCCUGCCGCCCCUCGGCCCAACCGCCCUCCUGGUCAAGGUCCACGCCGUCUCCCUCAACUACCGCGACGCCAACACCGCCCACGGCAACAACCCGUGGCCCGUCCUCCCGCACGGCGUGCCGGGCAACGACGCCGCCGCCGAGGUCCUUGCCGCCGGCGGCUCCGCGUCCCUCGUCGCCGUCGGAGACGCCGUCGCCCCCAUCACCGACUCGGCCUUUGUCGCCGCCCGCUCCACCGCCCGCUCGUGGCUGGCCGCCGACGAGGACGGCACCCUGGCCACGCACCUCGUCCUCGACGAGUCCCUCGUCACCCGCCUGCCGCCGCACCUCGACUGGGUCCAGGCGAGCACCAUUCCCUGCGCGGGCACCACGGCCUGGUCUGCGCUCAAAGGCGCCGCCAUGGGGCAAACCGUCUUGAUACAGGGAACAGGCGGCGUGGCCAUGUUUGCGCUCAAGCUCGCGCGCGCGUCGGGGCUCAGGGUCAUACUGACGUCCUCGAGCGACGACAAGCUGCGCAGGCUCAAGCAGCGGCUGGGAAGGCCCGACAUCGACACCGUCAACUACAAGACGCGCCGGGACUGGCAUGAGGCGGUGCUCGGGCUGACGGGCGGCGUGGGCGUCGAUCUCGUCGUCGAGAACGGCGGCAGCAGCUCCCUCGUCCAGAGUGUCUUGUGCACGCGGCGCGGCGGCGUCGUCAGCCAGGUCGGCUACCUGGGCGGGAGGGAGGCGGCGCACCUCCAAGAUUUGAUUCCCGCCCUGAUCGACCGGAGGGUGAGCGUCCGCGGGAUCAAUGCCGGCUCCAGAGACGAUCAGGAGGAUCUCGUGGCGGCGAUUUCGGCUACAAAAAUGACCUUUGACGACAUCAUCGACUCGGUCUGGCCGUUUGAAAAAGCAGACGAGGCGAUCGAGUACGUGUGGCAGGGCAGGCAGGUGGGCAAGGUCGUCGUCAAGCUUGCGCCGACGUGA